AUGGUGUAUUCCGCCGCCAGGCAUGUCCGCCGUCCCAUGACAGCCUCCUUUUAUAGGAUACCACGGGCAACAUUACCGCAUCCUCAUCUCUCCGCGUACCAUGUUCGCUGGAAAUCUGUCGCCUCAGUCGACCCUUCGCUUUCGACCAACUCAAACGAUUCCCUAACUCGGACUUUGGCUGUGCCGUCGCAAGCGCGAUUUAGCGAAAUCGGCGUCCAACACCUUAGUAGCCACGUCCAUCGCCAAAUAUUCCCCGACGGCUGCAAGCCUCCUCCCCCGAGCCUUGUUGAGCUUGCGAAGGAUCAUCUCCGGCGCCAUGAUCUACUCGGGAAGAACAACGACAACGGCAAACCCAUCGCAUUCGAUCUCCCCGCCCUCCAGGGCCGAACCCUCGACGAACACUUCUACAAGCUCGGCCUCGACUGCGCCGAACCUUACCUAAGUCUCUCCAAAAAGUUUGCUUUGGCAAGCUUCCCACCAAAGCCGCGGAAAUGGAUGCACAGGAGUGGAUGGACCAAGUAUCUACCAGACGGAACGUCGCAGCCUGUCGAGGCUCCCGAGGAGCAGGCGAUAUGCUUCGAUACCGAGGUGAUGUGGAACGAGAGCCCCUUUGCCGUCAUGGCAUGCGCCGCUAGCCCCACGGCCUGGUACAUGUGGCUCUCGCCUUGGUUGCUCGGAGAGUCAAAGUCGAACCGGCAUCUCGUUCCUCUCGGGGACCCUACCAAGGACCGGAUCGUCGUGGGUCAUAACGUUGGUUACGAUCGCGCGAGGAUAUUAGAAGAAUAUGAUAUUAAGCAAUCACGCAACUCGUUUAUCGACACCAUGUCCCUUCAUGUCGCCGUAAACGGAAUGUGUUCUCAACAGCGUCCGACCUGGAUGAAACACAAAAAGAACCGAGAGCUUCGCGAGCGCAUCGCGAGCCAGACCGAAGACCUCGCCCUCGCCGAGCUUCUCCAUAAUUCCGCCAUCCGUCACGAGGAGGAGGAACUUUGGGUCGAACGAAGCUCCAUCAACUCCCUGCGCGACGUCGCAAAGUUCCACCUCAACGUCACCAUUGACAAGGCCGUUCGUGACGACUUUGGCGAGCUCGACAGGAAAGAAGUGCUCGCGAAGCUAGAUGAGCUGAUGGACUAUUGCGCCGCGGACGUUGCCGUCACCCACCGCGUGUACCAGGUCGUUUUUCCUAACUUCCUAGAAGUCUGCCCUCACCCCGUCAGUUUCGCGGCCCUCCGGCACUUGUCAUCCGUAAUUCUUCCCGUCAACAAAUCCUGGGAGAGAUAUAUCGCCAGCGCCGAAGCGACGUAUCAGAAGCUCAGCGACGCCGUGGAGGAACGACUAAUCACUCUCACCGAAAAGGCUCUUGAAAUCAAGGACGAUCCUGAUAAAUGGAGUACUGACCCCUGGCUGAAGCAGCUCGACUGGUCGGGCCAAGAAAUUAAGAUGGUCAAGGGUAAAAAGAAGGGCGACCCUCCUCGACCUGCUGCUCGACAAAAGAAGCCCGGUAUGCCCAAAUGGUACAAGGAUCUAUUCGCUAAGAAUGACGCGCCUAUUAAUAUCACGGUACGUACACGAAUCGCACCGUUACUUCUAAGGCUAGCCUGGGAUGGCCACCCAUUGGUCUGGUCGGACACAUACGGAUGGACGUUUCGCGUAUCGCGGGGAGAAGCUUCCAAGUAUACGAAUAAGCAGAUGGUGCAAUGCGACUUUACCGAUGAGAAGAUAGAGGCUCUCCGGGAGGACUUCGACGGGGUCUACUUCAAACUACCUCACAAAGACGGCCCGUCGGCUCGGUGCGCAAACCCGAUGGCUAAGGGCUACCUAAACUACUUUGAAAACGGAACGCUCUCGUCCGAGUACUCCUACGCGAAAGAGGCCCUCGAGAUGAACGCGUCCUGCUCUUACUGGAUAAGUGCGAGGGAUAGGAUCAUGUCCCAAAUGGUUGUCUACCAAAGCGAUUUUGACAAGUCCUUCCGCAAGAAGAAGAAAGAUAAUAACGAGUACGGCUUUAUAUUGCCGCAAAUUAUUCCAAUGGGGACCAUCACAAGAAGAGCUGUGGAGAACACAUGGCUCACGGCGAGCAACGCGAAGAAGAACAGGGUGGGCUCUGAGCUCAAAGCCAUGGUCAAGGCACCACCAGGAUAUAGCUUCGUCGGCGCUGAUGUCGACUCUGAGGAGCUCUGGAUUGCCAGUCUAUGCGGAGAUGCGACAUUCAAGCUUCACGGAGGAAACGCCAUCGGCUUCAUGACUCUAGAAGGAAGCAAAGCUGCGGGGACCGACCUCCAUUCGCGCACGGCUAGCAUUCUCGGAAUAACGAGGAACGACGCCAAAGUUUUCAACUACGGCCGCAUCUACGGAGCGGGUCUCAAGUUCGCGGCGACGCUUCUCCGACAGUUCAACCCCACCCUAUCGGAGAAGGAGACCACGGAGAUUGCUUCGAAGCUCUACGCUACGACCAAGGGAAAGAGGACGAACCGAAAGACGCUCUGUAAACGGCCGUUCUGGCGCGGCGGUACCGAGUCGUUCGUCUUCAACACCCUGGAGCAAUUCGCCGAGCAAGAGCGCCCGCGGACGCCCGUACUUGGUGCCGGCAUCACAGAGGCCCUGAUGAGCAGGUUCAUUAGCAAGGGAGGCUACCUCACCUCCCGUAUUAACUGGGCCAUUCAGUCCUCUGGCCAGGAUUAUCUCCACCUCCUCAUCGUAUCGAUGGACUACCUCACUCGACGGUUCAACAUCGACGCGCGUCUCGCCAUCACCGUGCACGACGAGAUCCGCUACCUCGUCAAGGAUCACGAGCGAUACCGCGCCGCCAUGGCGCUACAGGUCGCCAACCUAUGGACGCGUGCCAUGUUCUCGCAGCAGAUCGGCAUCAACGACCUACCACAGUCCGUCGCCUUCUUCUCAGCCGUCGAUAUCGAUCAGGUCCUCAGGAAGGAGGUCGAUAUGGAUUGCAUCACGCCGAGCCACCCGGAGCCAAUUCCCCACGGCGAGAGUAUCGAUAUUGUUAAGCUGCUGGAGAAGGGGCCCGAGGCGUGGCUCGAUCCCGCCAUCGUCCCUGAGAAGCAUGCGCCGAAGUUGGAGGGGAUUACUUACACACCUCGCAAGCCCGUCAUGCAAUCGCUUCAGCAGGAUGUCGAGGACCCUCUUGCCUUCAUCAAGGCGCAGAUCACCGCCGAUGAUGACGAGCUGAAGGAGCUGAUCAAAAGCCAAAGGAAACCUCCCGCCGCCAGUACAUCGUCAUCGGGGGGCGCGCGAAGGGGUAGACCGGUUUCGCUCAAGGGCGUUCUUCCGUAUCACUCACAGCCGCAGUUGAUGCCCAUGGAAGAGCCCAUUUCCGUAGGCGAAGCCAUGGGCGCGAGGUAUAAGAAUGGGUAUCAGAAGGGGAAGCCGGAGUGGGAGAAGGGUGUGAGGAAGUCGACGCAUGCGUAUGCGUGGAAUAUGUGA